UGAUAUCCAAUUCCCCUCUAUUUUCCAUCCGCCCAGGCCGCCCAAAAUCCUCUCCCUCUCCGCCCCCUCUCUCUCUCUCUUUCCCCAUGUCCUCCGCCGGAGCCCCAGGCGGCGCCACCGCCCCGCAGCGUUACUUCUGCCACCAGUGCGACCGCACCGUCACCCUUACGCCCUCCCCCGGCGCAGAAAUCGCCUGCCCCAUCUGCCAUGACGGCUUCAUCGAGGAAUUCGACCUCCCCGACCCUAACCCUAGCCCUCAUUCCUUCUUCUCCUUCCGAUCCUCCGAUCCCUUAUUCCUCUCUCCCUCCCCCUUCUCCUUCCUCUUCUCCCCCUCCUCCUCCCCGCCCGCCAGCUUCGACCUCCGCAACCCUAGCGACCUCGCUGGCCUUUUCGACCCCGACGCCUUCCACUCCCACGGCCCCGCCCCCGGCCCCACCCCCGCCCUUGGCGGUGGAGGUGGCGCGGAGCCCUUCAAUCCUCUGGCUUUCCUCCAGAAUCACAUCCAGCAACUCCUUUCCGGCGGCGCCAACAUCCAGAUCGUCCUCGAGGGCGGCCCCGGCGGCAACCUCGGCGACUACUUCAUCGGCCCCGGCCUCGAGCAGCUGAUCCAGCAGCUCGCCGAGAACGACCCCAACCGCUACGGCACCCCACCGGCGGCCAAAUCCGCCGUUGGCUCCCUGCCGGACAUCAAGAUCACCGAGGAACUCCUUGCCACCGACGAGGCUCAGUGCGCGGUGUGCAAGGAUACUUUCGAGAUCGGGGAGGAGGCGAAGCAGAUGCCGUGCAAACACAUCUACCAUAAGGACUGCAUCCUGCCGUGGCUUGAGCUGCAUAACUCUUGCCCUGUGUGCAGGUACGAGCUGCCCACAGACGAUCCGGACUAUGAGAACCGGAGGGGGCCGGCGGUUCAGGGGGCACACCCUGUGGGGACCGAAGAUCCUGGUGGCGCCGGUGGGUUGGCGGCUGGGGCAUCGGGGGAUGGGAACACUCAGAGCCCAAGGACGGUAGAGAGGAGGUUUAGGAUCUCGCUGCCUUGGCCACUGAGGGGUUUUGGGUCGCAAGCUGAGGCUAGCAAUGCUGGAGGUGGUGGGAAUGAUGGCGGGGGCAGCUCUGGUGGAACUGGUGCAAAUUCUGGUAGCCGUGGGAACACUGGGUCGACCCGGCAAGAGGAUUUGGAUUGAGAAUAGUUGGAGGUUGAACUCUUGGAAGUCUAUUCUCCUUGGUACAGAGAUCAACAUUUGCUGCAUCGGAGUUAUACAUGUUCGAAAAUUAAGUCAAGACAUGCUCAGAAUACUUUCUUUGUUCAUGCGGUUAUUAUUAUUAUUAUUUUUGGUGGUGCUGGUGAUGGUGAGAGAGAAUGAGGAUUUAAUUUAUACCUGUAGCCAUGAACCAGAAGUUGGGAGUCACCAAAUCCGAAUUCAAUAGAAACAUGCCUGGGACAGUAAGUAUAUCCGAUUGAGGCUAGCUUUGAUAUUCAAUCAGUUCAUCAUGAAAGCAUGCCUGUGUUGUUUCCAUUUUUUUGUACCUUAACCAAUAGUGCUUUUUGUUCUCAAUGGAUCAUUGUAUAAAUAUUACUAUUUUCUUCUGAAGCUGUUCUAGGCGUUCAAUCA